UCUGCCAUAGACAAUCAACAAACUGAAAUGAAAAUGUCCGUCGUAAAAGAUACGUUUUAUUUUACUUUGUGACUGUGUAAUAAUCGUGGCAUGCGAUGUGAAAUAUUUUCUAGUAUUUACAAUCUUAGGAGUGCAUAUAUUCUACCAAUAUGAUUGUUCAGGAACCUAUACAGGUAAUCGUUUGGGAUUGCCUCAACAACUACGAAUAUGACAAUGCUAUAUUCCUGGCAGAGAGAUUACACGCUGAAGUUGGUUCAGAAGAGACAGCUUUUUUGUUGGGGACCUGUUACUAUAGAGCCCGGAGGGUGCAUGAGGCCCAUCACCUGCUAAAGAACACAUCGCCGACACUACCACAAGCUAGAUUCCUAUUAGCUAAAUGCUCAAUUGACUUGAAAUUUUACAAAGAUGCAGAAAUUGUAUUGGGAACAAAUUUAGAUAUUGUUUCCUCUGAAUUUGGAGAACAAGCACCUUAUGCCUUGCAGCUGUUGGCCAAAGUUUAUACCAUUACUGAGAGGCGGAGCAAAGCAGUUGAGGCACAUCGUAAGGCCCUCUCGCUCAACCCAUUCAUGUGGAAAUCCUUUGCAGCUCUAUGUAAUAUGGGCGAGAAAGUAGAUCCUCAUCUAGUUUUCCAAAUUAACAACACUGAGUUUUCAUUUGGUGUUACUACAUUAGUGAAUCUAGUCAGCAACUCGGAAAAUAUUUCAUUUGUUAAUAGCAACAUUCCUAAUAAUACCAGUAUUUCUGGUAUGAAUAAUGUCACACCAAAUAAUAUUGCUACUCGGACUCCGAUGACUAUGUCUACAAGCAUCACUCCGGAGACCCAGGCCCCAGUCAAGCGUAUGCACAGUGUGUUCAGUGGAGUAGCUCCCAUUCCCUUCUCGCCAUCGUUUGGCAUGUUGCCUAUGGAAGAAUCUCCUGUACUAUACACACCUACACUCACAGACUCGAAUGAGCAAAAGGCCAUACCUAAGAUAGUUAAUUCUCUACGUGCACAAAUGGGGCAGCUUAAAGAUGCAGUGUUCAGUCCAGCUCCAAGAUGUACCCUCGGUCCUGCGCCCAGAAGAUCUUCACGACUGUUCAGCAACAAUAACAGCAGUUAUUCAGUUAAAGAAAACAAUAAGUCUCCUAGUAGAAAAUUUGUGGCACCCAAAAGUCCUUCACGAAAGAAUAAACAGCGUACAGCUAAGAAUAUCAAAACAAAUUCUGUUGACUCCAAUGAAAAGAAUAAAAGUAUGGAGACUGUGACACCUGCUGUCACACCAAAGAACUCAAAUGGUGUUGCACUUUUAAGCUUGAUGAAAGAACUAGGUGAAGCAUACAAAGCUCUGUCAUUCUUAGAAUGUAAAAAUGCAAUUAAGUUAUUCCAAGAUAUUCCACAAAAGCAAUUGGCAUCACCAUGGGUGCAAACAAUGAUCGCGCGUGCUCAUUAUGAACUAGCGCAAUAUGAGGCAGCCGCCAAGAUAUUUGCAGACAUAAGAAAACAAUAUCCCACCAGAACAGAAGGCAUGGACAUAUACAGCACAUGUUUAUGGCAUCUUCAGCGGGAAGCACAGUUAUCGGCAUUAGCACAAGAACUAGUUGAAUUAAACAGAACUGAUCCCAUUGCUUGGCUAGCAUCUGGUAACUGCUUCUCUCUGCACAAAGAGCGUGAGACUGCUCUGAAAUUCUUCAAACGAGCUGUUCAAAUUGACCCAGACGCAGCGUAUGCACAUGCUUUACUUGGACAUGAGUAUGCUGUAGCAGAAGAGACUGAUAAAGCCCUCGCAAGCUUCAGAACUGCAGUAAAUAUUGAUCCUCGUAAUUAUGUUGCGUGGUUCGGUAUUGCCACUGUUUAUGCACGACAGGAACGUUGGAAGGCGUCUGAGGUGCACAUUCGCCGCGCUCUUGCAAUACAUCCCCACUCAGGAGUUUUACGUUGCCAACUGGGUCUAGCGCAAGCGGCGCUGGGUAAAAUGGAUCGAGCCCUCGCUACUCUAGAACGCGCGGUCGCCUUAGACACAGAGAAUCCUCUAUGCCGUUUCCACAGAGCUUCAGUACUAUUGCGCGCCGGAAGACCACAGGAUGCAUUGUCAGAUCUUCAUCACUUGAAAGACAUAGCUCCAAGGGAGUCAUUAGUGUAUUAUCUACUUGGAAAAGUUCACAAUAAACUAGGCAAUUCUCACUUAGCUCUGAUGCACUUCAGUUGGGCCACUGAUUUAGAUCCGAAAGGAACUGGCGGACAUAUAAAAGAGGGUUUCGACCCAACCAAACAGGACGAUCCACCAGAGAGAUCGACCUAAUGUGUUUGACGAAUGUUGAAGGAUAGGAUUGCAGCUUCGCCUACGUGGUCGGCGACGCGGUCGCACUUGACUGAUCCCUGUAAAUAUGGCGCCCACUCGUCUCGCUCUCGAUUGACACCAAAUCUUCCAAAUAGACGUAACUCUGCGGAGCCAGAUGGGUGUGCCGUGGCAUUUAAUUGCUGUAGUAGUAAGGGCGUACGUGGAUUUGUUUAUAUAGAGUAAGAUGUGGAUAUUCCUAAUGUUAUCCUAGUUUAUUAUAUACUUGUAUAGCUAAUAAAUCCUAGAAUGAUAAUGAAUAGAAUUUUUAAAGGAAAGCUUAGAAAGAUCUAAGACGCAGGGCCUUGAUCUCAAUGGGGUGUUUCAAUCAAUUAUAAAAUUAUGUAAUCCAUUAAUCUUGAUGUUACGAAUUAUAACAUUGCCAUAAUAAAUUCGUGAUAACACAGUGUUGCCGCUAAUGGUUGGCUUUUUGUUCGAUGUACCUUUGGUUUGGUGUAUUGACAACUAGUAGAUGUCUCCAAGUCAGUUGAUAAAUGUAAAUGCUGUAAAUUGAGCGUUCUCGACUACCGCUGGCGGUGUUUGGUCAAUCAUGUUUCUUUGUAUUAUAAUAUUUUUAUAAUAAAUUAUGCUAUUAUUACCAAACUGGAACUUGCAUGUAGAUGGUUAGUUUUGUAUGAUUAAAAUUUACAAGUGACGAUGAAUAUUCAGCUUUGAACAUUAGCUACUUAGUUAGGGUAUGAAACUAUAUCGAUCUAAAGUAAUCCUCUGGAACCAAUAUAACUCAUGUGGCUUAGUGUACAGUUCGCCAGGAUCUUAGUUCGUAGUUUAUGCAAUUACUUUUGUCUUUGUGUAUGUAUAUAUUAUAACAAAUAACUAUAGCACCGUUUGUCAUUUCAACUCACCAAUGAACUGCUAGCUCUGUGGAUAUAUUUGUUUAGACCACCUCUAAUUAUAUGUAUGAACUUAUAAAACCGAUAUAACAUUA